GUGGUCUUCAAGUCCCCCAUAUCGCCGCCAUGGUUGUCAAGAUUCGUCUCGCCCGAUUUGGGCGCCGAAACCAGCCCUUCUACAAUAUUGUCAUUGCCCACGCCCGGACGGCUCGUAACUCCCGCCCGCUCGAGGUCAUUGGCACAUACGACCCAGUUCCUAAACCCGACCCUUACGACACAUCCGGAAAACUUCAUAAGGAUAUCAAGCUCGAUGGUCAACGCGCGAGGUAUUGGAUCGGUGUUGGUGCACAGCCCACAGACACAGCCUGGAGGUUACUUUCUAUGGUGGGUAUUCUACCAAAGAAGCAAUUUGGCCCCAAGCAAGACAACACAAAGGGUGUCAUAGACCAGGAGAAGGUCAGAAUUCGAUGAGUGGCCUAGGGGUGGUAUGAUUUGUACGAAAACGCAUCUCUGGGCGUUGGUUUCAGGACGUUAUCACGAAGUUCAGAUGAGUCGAAAACCCAGAGGGCCAUAUCAAUGUCGAGAAGUAUUGGGGCUCGUGCAGGCUACUGGAUCAGAGACUUGUGCAGCAAUCGAGGAAAACUGUAUGAUAUUUGUUGGAAGGGUUCACAUCACGACGGCCAAUCCAUUUUUGUCGCUAUUGUAAUUGUAUUGAAGCGCUACCCAAUACCA